AUGGAUGAAGUCCCUGGCAAAAAACUCCAGGCAGAUGCCUCUGACCUGGACGUGACUUACUGUCAGCCAUGCUCCCAAGAUGGGGAAACCAUCCCAGCCGAGGCAUACUGUACUGUCUGCAAGGAGUUUAUGUGUUCCAACUGCACAAGCGUCCACAAAAAACAAAGACUAACAAAGUCCCAUAUUCUUCUUGACAAGAACUGCAUGCCUACUAGCAUAAGAGGUUUUACAUCCAAAGAAGAGAGCAAACAUCCCUGUGACAUCCACCCUGAAGAAUGUAUCAAAUACUUUUGUCCGACCCAUCAGUCCCUUAACUGCGGGCAUUGUUCAGUUCUUGAUCAUAAAUCUUGUAAACAGCAGAUAAUUACUAAAAUUGCUAAUGACUUCAAAGAGGACCAGAGUUAUAAAGCCAUCCAACUAGUUAUUGACCAAUUACUUAAAGACAUUGAUGCCUGUGCGUCUGUUGCUACAAACAACACUAAGCUCGCAGAAUACCUUGAAGAACAUGGGAUUGCGAAGAUAAGGAUUUAUCGAGAUCAGAUCAACAAAUACUUUGAUGAACGUGAAAAAACACUCCUUGAAACCAUAGCCGAGAUGAAAAACAUGGACGAAAUACUCCUUGACUCACUGAAACUAAAAUGUGUCAACCUUAAGACACAGGUCAGCGAUAUCAAGGCAAAACUAGCAGCCAACGAGAGCAACACCACCCAGUUGUUUAUUGAGGCCCAUAUAUCCAAGAACUUGCUGGAGGGACUGCAAUUAGAACUUGCUGAGAUUAACAAGAAAAAUACCAUACAACAGUAUCAGUUUAGGAACGACAACGCCAUUGAAAGUCUGCUUGGUUCUAAGAAUUGCCUUGGCACUAUUGAGAUGGUUGACACUUCAAAAGACCGGAGAUGUGAGCGACAAUGUUCCGCAACGCGAAAUGAAGGCAAGAAGAACACUGCAACAUCUGACGCUGCUACCAACGUAAAAGCAGUUAUGGGCGAGAACGUUAAUACAGCUGAUUCUGCUACCAACGUGCAAGGCACUGGUGACAUCCAGGCUAACCAAACAACCCAGAAGUUCUCGGACAGUACAGUUCCUGGACUACCAUUGAAUCCAGUUAGAUUGCAAACAUCUGCAACACAGCAACAAAUAAAGCAGACAAUAGCUAGCGAUGACCUGACUAGCCCGAAGUUAAUCUCAGCCCCAGACAUCCUAGUCAAGUCUCUAUCUGAUACCAAAAACUGCGAUAUCAAAUACAUGCUCAUUUUGCCUGGGGACAGGCUGCUUCUGACUGAUUCUUCAAAUGGUGCUGUGAAACUGGUAGACCUCAAGGUCAGCAGCCUAGUAACCGAGGUAAGUGUACCAGGUUGGCCACGCGGCAUGUGUCACAUCUCUGGGGAUAGGAUAGCUGUUAGUUUGGGUUAUAAUAUUCAGUUCCUAGAGAUCACGGGACACCUGUCCCUGGGAAAGAACAUCAAGGUAGAUGGUGACUGUCAUGAUGUUGGUUACCAUAACGGUAACUUAAUUGUUUCAUUCGAGAGUGGGAAGGUUGAGAAAAUAAACAUGGAAGGGCUAGUGAUGAAAAAAGUAUCAACUAAGUGGUAUUCUAGCAGACCGUUUAAAAAACCUUUGUACUUAAAAAUCGUCAGUGACGAGCAGACUGCAGCCAUAUAUGUGUCAGACUUUGGCAAGAACACAAUCACCAUGAUGGACAUGAACUUGAACAUUCUCGAAACAUUCAAGGACCCUGCACUUUUUACACCAGCAGGCUUCACUGCAGUAGGAAACCAACUGAUCAUCUGUAGUUUGGUUAAUUUCAACAUAAUGCGCCUUGACCUGUCCAGUGGCCAAAUGACCGAGCUAUUGGGCACGAAUGAAUUGAAAAUGAUGCCACGCUGUGUCUGCUACUGUCAGCAGCAGAACAAGAUGUAUGUUGCCUUCAGGACAAGGGGUGAUGCUGAGAAUUAUGUAAAGGUGUUUAAUACAACAUCAGUGUUUUGUUAG